AUUGAGGCUGUGAAGAUUGCGCCGAACUUGUGAGAUUACGAGACAAGAGACUAGCCCAAGUACGGGUCUGCCAGAUCAAAUAUGUAGAAGAAGUCAAUCGUUCGUUACCUUCAUCAGCCUAUCCGGGAUGCGCUGCAUGAUACACUGACGAAGAUGCCCACACCUUCGCACACCUGCCAGGCUGUACACAGCUCUAGCAUAAUAUUACUUUUGCCAUGGCUUCAACAGGAAUCCCGUUGGAUGCCGGUUCUAUACUGGCAGUGGCGCUGGAAGGCGUUGCAUACGGCUUUUCGGUCCUCAUGUUUAUAGGUACUAUCUGGUCUUUGACCUUCAAACAGCGCAUGCAGGACGUCAGUCGCCCAAUCUCCGUGGUGGCCAUCCUGCUGUUCAUAUUGAGUACCGCGCACAUGGUCGUGACCAUCAUUCGCGUCGAAGAUGGAUUGGUGAAAUAUCGUGACACGUACCCAGGCGGGCCAGUGGCGUUCUUCGCCGAUCUCACCCAGCCAACGAUGGCGAUCCAGCAUUCAUUAUACCUCUUGCAGACUCUACUGGCUGAUGGGGUAGUGAUCUAUCGCUGUUACGUUGUUUGGCAAUCAGUCUUGAUCAUUGUCCUACCAAGUAUGCUGUGGUGCAGCGUAGCAGUGACUGGUGUUUUUGUAAUUUACACCUUUCUCCAAGUCACAAAUAACUCCACAGACCUCUUCGCCAACGAGCUUGGACAGCCUGGACAGUGGGUGGCCGCAUUCUUUGCCUCGACUAUUGCAACAAAUUUAUUGAGUUCAGGAUUACUAGCAUAUCGCAUCUGGAUGAUUGAGCGCGAUAUCUCUACUGUUCGCGCCACGAAGGACACUAUGAUGCCAAUAGUCCGCGUGCUUGUGGAUGCUGCUGUUUUGUACUCUGUGGUACUCUUCACGACACUAAUCUGUUUCAUCUGCUCGAACAAUGGGGAGGUUGUCAUAUUGGAUAUGAUCAUGCCGAUUAUCUCGAUUACUUUCUACAUGGUCCUUAUUCGCAUCGCAAUCAAUAGAAAGAAUCGCGAUCCCUCGACUAUAGGUCCUCUGCAGUCCUUGCAGAUCCAUAUAUCACAAAUCACGCGCAAUGACAGUGCCUCAGUGUACGGAACCAGGAAUGAAGACCAGUCAUCAAUAUUAGCUCCGGAUGAGUCUGGAAAGGCCUCCGGAUCCUUGUGAUGUGUAAUCAUCUGAAUGACAUCAAUGUGGCCUGGACGUCAUUUAUUUCGCGAUUUCCUCUAGAGAUCUGUCUGUACUUCUAAUUUAACAUGUCUUCACGCUUCCACGGUUUUCGUUGUCCUAUUUUACCCGUCUCAUUGUAGUUAUACUCUCCUGUGGCUUCAAAGUGACCGAAGUCUCUUUGAAGAUCUGGUCAUCACGGUCUCGUAUCGCAUUAUUAGCCUAAUACAUCUGGGCAAAAAAAUUUAAUGCAGUAUACAACAC